UUACUUCUUCUUCAUAUGCCUCUGUUUUGUCGGCGCUUACUGCUUCACAAUUCACAUGCCUUCUGACACUAUUUCUCUACUCUCUCACUUGGUCUUCGUCGGGGUUCAUACCUCUUGGGGCGUUUAUGCUCGAGAAGCAACUUCGCUCAGUGAAUUAUGUUGCGGAAAAGGAGGAGAACGACGAUGAAAUCGUUGACUGGUACAGUCUCGAACAACGGAAGAACAGCAAUUAAGGUGAAAAAUAAAGCUUUGGAGCUGCAGACCUGGUCUGAUCUUCCUGACGAGCUCUUAGAAUUGAUUUUGUCCCGUUUGACCUUAGCAGACAAUGUUCGCGCUUCUGCUGUUUGCAAGAGAUGGCACGCUUCUGCCUCUGCAGUACGUGUUGUAAACCAAUCACCAUGGCUUAUGUGCAUUCCGAAAUUCGGAAGCUGGUGCGAAUUCUAUGACCCCGUGCACCGCAAGACCUAUUCCUGGGAGUUUACAGAGUUAACUGGCUCCAGACUGUGUUAUGCAAAAGAUGGUUGGUUGCUGCUAUACCGGUACAGAUCCCACCGUGUGUUCUUCUUCAAUCCUUUUACUCGGGAGGUGAUUAAAUUGCCUAGAUAUGAGAUGACAUGCCAGAUAAUUGCCUUCUCUUGUGCUCCUACAUCUCCCGGCUGUGUUCUGUUUGCUGUUGAUCAUGUUACUCCCCUUUUUGUGGUUAUUAGCACAUGUCAUCUUGGAGACUCGGAAUGGACGACUCUGAGCUACCGAAACCGCUUGCCCUUUGUCAGUAGUAGCAUUUGGAAUAAGGUUGUAUUUUUUAAUGGGCUGUUUUACUGUCUGAGUCUCACAGGAUGGAUAGGGGUUUUUGACCCAGUUAAACGUGUGUGGAAUGUUCUAGCGGUGCCUCCACCCAAAUGCCCAGAAAACGUUUUGGCUAAGAAUUGGCGUGAGGGAAAAUUCAUGACAGAGCAUGAAGGAGAUAUAUUAGUAAUUUAUGCGUGUUCCAGUGAAAAGCUCAUUAUUUUUAAGUUAGAUCAGAUAAAGAUGGAAUGGGAAAAGAUGGAUACACUCGAGGGAGCAACAGUUUUUGCUAGUUUCUUGUCAUCCCAUUCAAAGACUGACAUGCCUGGAAUAAUGAGAAACAGUGUGUACUUCCCUAAAGUUCGAUUUUAUGGAAAGCGUUGCAUAUCAUACUCAUUUGACGACUGUAGAUACUAUCCUCGCAAGCAGUGUCAUGACUGGGGAGGGCAAAAACCUUUUGAGAAUAUAUGGAUUGAACCACCAAAGAACUUUUCAGGCUUCUUGGAUGAGUCUUAGCAAAACAAGUAAGCUUGUGCAAGAUCAGUAAUUUAUGAAGUUAUUUUUCAGUAUUAUGUAAGCAUACAUUGUAAACAUACUGGAUGUAUGUUUGAUAUAUCUGUAAGUCGUGAAUUCAAAACGUUACCUUUAGAACCCAAAAAAAAAAAAAAAAAAAAAUCAAAACGUUGCCUAGAAA